AAUUGAAGAUGAAGCUUGUAAUCAUCUCGUGUUUACUAGUCGUGGCGUUAGCUGAACCGCCGCGUUCAAGAGCUGAACCGCCUCGAUUCAGACCAGCGAGGUUUAGGUUCCAGCGACAAGAAUUGGCGCCAACAACGACUGAUUCUCCUACUGAACCCACGACAGAACCUAGUGGACCUUAUCCUCCUUCAGGAUGGAAACCGUCUGGAGAACCUUUCACGCUGCCAAAAGAAGUGGAUACAACUUAUGGACCUCCUGAAGAGAGUGGAUCUUACCCGCCUUCAGGGUGGAAGCCUCAAGGACAGCAAUUUGCACUGCCUAAUGAGCCUCCAGCUACCAGUUAUGGGGUUCCUGAUAAUGCGUACGGGACACCAGUAACAGAUGCUCCUACAACGGAUAAUCCCCAAGCUGAAAAACUAGACGGGCCCGUGGAAGUCCAGAAAAGUAUUGGAUCUUACUACGUUCUUCUGCCAAACGGGCAGCUGCAGAAAGUGGACUUCAUGACGGAGAAUGACAUCCAGAAUAUGAAGUAUACGGCCAGACUGCAGCUGAGGGAACCGGCGCCUUUACUUCUGUUCCGACCUUAGUUUGUGAUUUUAUUUGUGAACUGUGAUUAUUGAUAUGAAUAAAUAACUGAUACUGUAUACAACAUAGGACGGACAUACU